UGUACCGUACUUUAUAUGCGAUGCUUUACUCAGCAAUGUUCCCUAUAGCAACAUCAAUCGUUGACAGAUCUACAAAGACGAUGGGUUCUGCACAGCUCUCUAGUGGUGACUUAAUCAACGCCAUAAGUGACAAGAGAUGGGAUGAGGUACGACGUAGUAUUAAAUGGAAGAAUGGACAAGUCAAUGAAAGAUACCUCGGCAUAACUUUAUUACGUACAAUUGUGCUGAAAAUACCACCAGAAAAUCUUGUGCUGGAAAUAUUAGAUUUUGCAGAAGAAGAAGUUAUAGAUGAUGUACAUCAGGAGUUGGCUGGUUGGAGUAUUCUACAUUACUUGGCUGCCUAUGGGUACGUAAACGCACUUCGUCGUGCAUUGGAAAAAUCACAGCAGCGUGUUAAUUGGCGAACAGAGAACGGCUUGACACCACUACAUGUAUUGUUAAACGCUAACCACUCAUUUCGCAUUCACCUACAAGGCUUGCAAGUCCUCUUAGACGCUGGAGCAGAUAGCAAGCUGAAGGACCAGAACGGGAAAACACCUCUUGACAUGUUUGUGCACAAUAUGUGUGAGGAGUAUGGGAAUAAGGAUUAUGGCAACACAAAGAGAGAGAAACAGAAAGAAGAGAUCUUGCAGAUCUUGCACAAGGUCACUGUUCCUGGAGAAGUAUUAACCAGAGGAAAACCUGCUAUGAGUGCAUUUAACAAAGAGUUAGAAAAGGGAGGAAUCACAGUAAACCACGCUCACUUAGUAAUAGUUGUUGAUGAUUUUGAUGUCAUUGCACUUUGGGAUCGUAUAAGAGAAGAGUUAACUAAGGAAGUGCAUAGAACUGAUUUUGCUAUUGAAGACACUCGUCUGGAGGAAACGGAAGACAUUGAUGGGGUGAUUAAUGAAAACAACACAUACAUUUUGAACAUUCAUGAUCAGCAGCUCAACUAUACUCAUCAAAAUCCUCUAAACAGCGAGGCGGUAUUUAUAAUUGGGUUCAAUUUGGUAGAAGGAAUGCACGCUAAAAGGAAAUGUAGAGUCUCCAGAAUGGCAGUACCGAUGACAAAUGAUAUGACAAAUUUACAAUUUAUCAAAUAUCGGAUGGAGUUGAUAUUUACGUACGCCGUUACAGUUGAGGAACACUGUCUCAAAUCAGAGAAACCUAAAAUUGUGGUAGUCGGUACCAACAGUGAAGACCUACAAGGAAACGAUGAAGAAAAGAAGCUGCAGGUUGAAAAACAGUUUAAAAUAUUAUUCCAAGAAAUCAAAGGCACUCCGUAUGAAUGUUACGUGGUAAGAGAUAUGUACUUCAUAAACAACGAGUCUCCAUCGGGAAGUGAGAUGCUAAAGCUGAGACAAGAUAUUUGUAGAUUUCUAAAAUCGAUGCCAAAAACGAUUCCGCUUACAUGGCAUAAAUUUCAACGUGAAUUACGGAAGAUUGGGGAAAAAGUGCACGUACAAUAUCAUGAGGUGCGUACUGUUGCCAAUAAGUGCGGGAUUUCAAAAGAGAAUAUCAUCCAUACUAUCAACUACUUACACGAUCUUGGAAUUGUUAUGUACUUCGAACACAACGAACUACUAAAAGACACAGUGGUAAUAAACCCAGAGGAAGCGAAUAAUAUUAUCAAGGAACUCAUUACAGCAGUGAAACCUGCCGACCAGAUGGUCGAACUGUGGCAUAAACUUGAUAAUGAAGGUAUACUCGAGGAAGAGUUAAUCAGACAUAUUUGGAAAAGAGAGUUUAGCGAAGAUGAAAUUAAUGUCUUCUUGGAACUGAUGAAGGAAUUUGGAUUAAUGUGCGAGCAGAUCAAGUCAAAGACUCCAUCUCGCUCGUUUUUCGUACCCUGUCGAUCGAAAUAUAGUAAGGAAAAAGUAGCUAUUACGCUGGAUGGUGAUCGGAUGGUAUCUAUCUACAUGACUUUUGAUGGUUUUCUCAUCGAUAGAAUCUUUCAUUGCAUAGUUGUCAGGUUGAUUGAAAGGGUGCAAGCUACAAGCUACACUACCGUACCGAAAUUAUGCUACAACAAGGCAGUCAUUGACAUAGGGAAAGAUCACACUCUCAGCUUAGGUCAAGUAAUCAUCGAAAACAAGCCUGCUGUGAAGUUUGAAAUAUCACGCAAUUCUGAGGUAUCAAAUGGUAACCCUGCAGACACAAAAGGACUCUCUCGUAAUGUGUGCAUACAGGUGUUUGAGCAUUUAAAAAAAGAGUUGAAAGUCUUGAAGUCUACAAUGAAGUACACUAGUAGUGCGUUUCGUGUUCUGUGUUGGUCAGGUCACUGUGACUAUCACUUUCAGAAUAUGGAAGAGUGUUUGAGGAAUGAUUCCAUCCGAUGCGGAAAGGUAUCUCUAAAAACAAAAAAAAUAGAGGCGCUGUUCAAUAAUAAGACAGGUGGUAAUCAAAUUUUUCUAGAGGAUGACGAUCUGUUUCUUAUAAGUAAAGACGUGGGAAAUGAAUGGACAAGUCUUGGGGUCAGAUUGGGCCUCAGUUGGAACAGGAUAAAUCAAAUCUCUACGUAUCACAGUAAACGACUGCCGGAGUGUACAUUGAAGAUGCUUACAGAAUGGAGAGAUAAACAGAUGCCCGAGGCAAAUCAAGUGAGGAUCAUGGCCAAAGCUUUAAUAAAGGAAGAACGCAUAGAUCUUGCUAACAAGCUCCUUGACUCACAGCGAAAUUUAAAAUCAGAUGAAAAAAGAUCAGCAGGUUACUUGACUGAUGGGCAUAUGCUGCUUAUCGCCAAGAAACUUAAAGCCGGUGAAAUGAGAAUCCUUGGCACGACUCUUGGCAUAAGUGACAGUGAAUUAGAUAAAAUCAAGUAUAAUUUUGGACAAUCAAUUUUAGACGCCACUAUAGAAAUGUUGGUAAAAUGGAGAGAAAGACAAGAUCCUAACGAAAAUCACCUCGACACGCUGAGUAAUGCAUUGAACAAUAUUGAAAGACGUGAUAUAACUAUGACACUUGAAACUGAAUGCCAAUAGUAAUGUUAAUGGUAAUAAUAUCAAUUGGUCAACAAGUGCCUGAAGGAAAAAUUAUAGGUAAAUUGUUGAUAAAGGAUGACGAAAAUCAGCGAAUAUGUAUUUACCUGAUCUGGUAAGUUACUCGUUUUUUUUAUUAGGGUAUUGGUGUAAUUGUUAUACCAAUAGAGUAUUAGUAUCUUAAUAUCAUUAACUUUAUAACUAGAAUAGAUUAAUAAAUAGAUCAUUAACUAUCAGAAACCGCAUGCCAAGCAAUUAAAUCUUACGAUAGUCAAACUCGUGUUUACAACAUUACGUAUAUCUGUUAAGAAUACAAUAUAUGUAAAAUAUGUAAAAUUAUUAAGAUUGUAAAUAAAUAUUUUAAAAAUGUUAUUUAACGUUUUAUCGACGUGUCCAUACCUUCUAAAAUAUUUGUAUACAACAUUCUACAAACGAAAAGUAUAGCUACUUAUGAAACGUAUUUAUAACUCGUUAAAUAACGUAUUUUCCACGUAGCAAUGAAGUUGUUAAAUGUGUUCUUUAAAUGUUCCAAAACUAAAAUAAAUCCAGAAUUUCGGACUUUUAGUAUGUUAUUACAUGUAGGUUAUAAUUAUUUUAGAAACAGAAAACGUAAAAUUGGUUUCUGUUGCAAUUUCUUCUGGGUCUAUAUUCUAUUUUAAUGGUGUAUAACUUUUAGAUAUUCGUUUAUGUAACGUAUCAAAUAGAACUUACCAUGUUUCCAUCAAACGUUUAAAACGACCAUGUAGAUAAUCUAAUUUCGUUAGGGCACUAUUGAAAAAUAUUAACCCAGAGAAGUAAUGAUUUCUUAAUAAAAGCAUGAAGGAGAUUUUUGGAUGCAAUUCCUCCAAAGUGUCGUCAAUAAUUAUUUUACAGAUCAUUCCUCACGGUUAUAUUAACAAUGAAAUUGGUGAUUUUGAGGUCAGAUUGUACAUUUCAGUAUUCAGUAAAAAUUUAUUUGACCAUUGAAUAGUUACAUAAUUUGAUCAUAUAGGUCUAACUCAACUAAGAUAUAAAUAUCAAUAUUACAUAGUACAUUCCAUAUGGACUCCUCAGAACUCCACAGAGGUUGUUUUGGACGUCUAGAAAACAAACAGUUCGCUGGGCACCCAUAGGGUGGUGUUAUCUCGAUGGGCCCCACGUUCAGCCCCUCCCCCACCCCUUCGGACGUGUCUGGAGACGUCCUGCCAGAGUUGUAAAUGGCAGUUCAGUAUUCAGUAAGAAUUUAUUUGAUCAUUGAAUAUUUACAAAAUUUGAUCGUAUAACUAAAUUAAUAUAUAAAUAUUCAUAUUUUAUAGUCCAUUCCUUACGGUAUAUUAAUGGUAAUUUUUCUAUUUUGUAAAUAUGCCUAUUCAUUAACAAUUUAUUUUACCAUUGAAUAGUUAUAUCAUUUGAUCGUAUAACAAAACAAAUAAAUAUCAAUAUUUUAUAGUUUAUUUCUUACCGGGUUAUAUUAACGGUAAAAUUUGUGAUUUGAGGAUUGAGUUGUAAAUUUCAGUAGGCCUAUACGUUAGAAUUUAUUUCACAAUUGUAUAGUUACAUAUUUAUUCUGAGAUAUAAAUAUCAAUAUUUUAUAGUUCAUUCCUUAUGGUUAUAUUAACAGUAAAAUUGGUGAUUUAGAAGACAGACUUGUAAAUUUUAGUAUACUGUAAGAAUUUAUUUGACCACUGAAUAGUUAUAUAAUUUGAUCUUAUAGGCCUAACUCAAUUAAUAUAUAAACAUCAAUAUUUUUUAGUUCAUUGGUUAUAAUAACGGUAAAAUUGGUGAUUUUGAGGACAGAUUUAUAGAUAUUAGUAUACAGUAAGAAUUUGUUUUACCACCGAAUAGUUACAUAAUUUGAUCGUAUGGUUUAACUCAACUAAAGAUAUAAAUAUCUACAUUUUAUAGUCCAUUCCUUAUGGUUAUAUUAACGGUAAAAUUAGUAAUUUUUAAGUCAGAGUUGUAAAUUUCAGUGUAUUCUGUAUGACCAUUGAGUAGUUACAUAAUUUGGAAUUCCUGAUGAUGACAUAAUUAAUGUCGAAAUAUUGAAUCCCGACACAAUGGCGUGCAUUUCGAUACUUGUAGUAUGUAUUAUACUAUCUUUGAUUGUAUAACAAAACAAAUAUAAAAAUAUCAAUAUUUUAUAGUUAAUUUCUUACCGGGUUAUAUUAACGGUAAAAUUGGUGAUUUUGAGGAUUGAGUUCUAAAUUUCAGUAGGCCUCUACAUAAGAAUUAUUUCACAAUUGUAUAGCUACAUAUAUAUUAUAUAAAUAGUGAUAUAAAUAUCACUACUUUAUAGUAAAUUCCUUAUGUUUACAUUAAUGGUAAAAUAUACUUGCAUAGAUUGCAUGUUUAUUUUUUAUUGCUUGUAUGUUCCCUAUUCAACUAUGUGAAGCUGCAUGUUGCAUUUACAGAAAUUCUUAAAAAAUAACUUUAGUUUCAUAAUUAAAAGAAAGAAGCGUUUUUAUUAAUUGCUUUAUUGUUACAUUUAAAUUUUAGUUUGAUAUUUCAACUUCAAUAAGCAUUAUAAUUAAUUGUUAUAAAGUUACAUGGAACUCUUAGCUUUUAAAUGUUUUUUGUAUUUAUUAGCACUGUAUGCAUGCAUUAGUCAUUUUGCAACUUUUCUUUUUAUCAAUAUUUCGUGUGACAAUGCAUAUUGUUCCUGUUACUGUUCCAAUUUGAUUUUUUUUUUCGAUUUUGCAUGUUAUUGGUACAAAAAUAACACAGACUAUAUUUACAAGUUGAAUUUUUUAAAUUUGUCCUUCAUGCUUUACUUUUAACACUUUUCUUUCUUUAUUGCUUAAUAAUUGUUCGUUUUUGUGUCCUCUUGUCCUUGUUUAUAUCUCCAUUUUUUCAAUCAAAGUAACUGUAAUCAAAACAAACUAUAUCUUUAACCCCUUUUCUGAAUAUGAUAGUUUUAAUAAAGACCUCGACCCGGACAUUCAAUUGUAUACAAAUGAUAACAACAAUAUCUAAAUAUUUCAACCCUAUUGAAUUUCGUAAUAUGGUAAUUAAUACUUAUUUUAUAGAAUUUUUUUUUUAAAUCCAUUUUAGUUCCAGAAGAAUGUAAUUUGGACCCUAUCUGUACCUAGAGUCAUUGAUAAAAUAUAUUAACUUAUUUAAAGAUCGCCUCAGGGAAAUAAAUUAGUUAAAUUUUCAAGAUAAUCUACAAAUAAAUCGGUUUUUAAUAAUAUUGGAAUGAGAUAAAUUGACGAGGCCUGUAGGGAACGUUUACACUUAACUGAAAAACUAAAUACAUACAGAAGGUAAAGACUAAAUAAUCGCUUCAUGCAUUUAACAAGAAAAUACAAUCGAAGUAACUCCUUUAGUUAGCUCAAUAUUUUUAAAUCCUGUUGAUUUGAUAUUUGAUUUAUUAGGUACUCAAAAUUACAAAACAUAUAAAACAAGGACAAUAGAGCACCAGGAUUACCCAUUAGGCCGACGAUAGUCAUGCUCAUAUUCAGUGGGGUCCUAAUAAAACAAACACACAUAAAGGACAGAAAUAGAUAUUCAAAAUUACAAUAAAGAACAUGCAAACAAGAAUUAUAUAUAAAAUACAUACUUUUGGAGUCCGUACUGAGCCCAAAAAAUCCGCAAUGAA